CGGGGAACGGCGUCGGGGGGCGAGCCCCGGCUUUCCUGAGAGAGAGAGAGGGGGGGGGUCUCCUUCCCGUCCUUCCCGACUCCCUUCUUUGGCGGAGAAUGGCGUCGCGGGGCGAGGCUUCGGUGGUGGUGGCGGGCCCCCCGGGGGCGGGCAAGACAGCGCUGCUGGACGCACUGCUGGGGGGCCAAGAGGAGGAGGAGGUGAAGAAGAAGCCUGCUCCAAACGUGAAGCCCCCCUCGCUGCGUCAACACCCCCAGCGCCCCAACUGGCUCUUCUGGGAGCUCUCCCUCCCGGAGGAGGAGGAGGAGGAUGAAGAGGGCGAGGGGGGCUCGGCGGGGCGCUGGGUGGCCGAGGCGGAGGCGGCGGCGGUGGUGCUGGUGGCCGGGCGGCGGGGCCACUUCGGGGCGAGGGCGCGGAGCUUGGCCCGGGAGGCGCGUGCCGCCGGGAGGAGCGUCUUCUUCGUCCGGAGCCGCGCCGACUUGGAGUUGCACACCCUCCGCCGCCUCCUCCUCCUCCUCCUCCAGCCCCUCCCCUUCGACCGCCCCCAGGCCCUGCUCGCCCUCCGGGAGGUCACCCAGGAGGAGGUGGGCCAAGAGGAGGCCGGAGCCGUCUUCCUGGUCUCGGCCCUGCAGCCCCGGGACCUCGACCUGCCCCGCCUCCGGGACGCCCUCCACGCCCAGCUCAGCGCCCAAGAGAGGGUCCAGGCCCCCCCUGACCUGGGCUUCGAGGUGAUCAGUGACCAAGAGGUGGCCGAAAUCCAGGAGGCCUAUGCCUUGGGGGGGCUGGCGGCGGUGGCGGACCGCGUGGAGGGCAGCCUGGAGGCCCUCUGGAGCACCCGGGUGGAUUUGGCCCUUGUCGCGGAGGAGGGAGAGAAGGAGGGGGCCACCCUGCUGAAGGACCUGUGGGAGUUGGAGGAGGAGUCCCCCCCAGAGACCCCAGAGACCCCGCACCCGUUUCCAGGCUACCCUAACGUGACCCUCUGGGAGCUCCCAUUGUGUGACCUGAAGGCUAUGGACGUGGCCCGCUUCGACGCCUUCCUGCUCCUGUCCUCGGGGCCCUUUGGGGAGGGCCUGCUCCGCCUGGCAAAUGUGGUGACCGCUCGAGGAAAGCCCUGCUUCUUCAUCUGUUUGGGGGUGGACAGCCACUCGGAGGCCAUGCAAGACAAGAAGGCAAAGGAGGACGAGGAGAAGAAGGAGGAAGAUGCUCUCUUGGCGGGGCUCCGGGUCAAGUGCCGCUCCCGCCUGACCCAAGCGGGGAUCCCCGCGGCAGAGGCGCCUCUCUUCCUGCUCAGCGGAUGCCAGUCCCGCCACUCGGACCUCCCGGCCUUGGAGGAGGCGCUGGAGCGAGGUCUCCCAGGACACAAAGGCCAAACCCUGCUCCUGGCGCUGCCCUGCGCCUCCCUGGCCCUGGCUGAGCGCAAGCGGCAGGCCUUGCACCGGGAAGCCUGGAAGGUGGCUCUGCUGUCCAGUCUGGUGGCCACCGUCCCCCUGCCCGGCCUGGCCUCCGCCUGCGACGUCCCGCUCUUGCUGCGCACGCUGUCCUCCUACCGACGGAGCCUCGGCCUGGACGCCGCCUCGCUGGCCCGCCUCUCCGUCCGCUCGGGAGUCCCGCUGCCUCUGCUGCGGAGAGAGGUGCACAGCGCCGUGGGGCGCGGGGUCAGCCAGGAGGCGGUGGAGGGGCUGCUGGCGGGGCAAGGGCCGGGGCACGCGGGGCUGGCCCUGGCCCACCUCCUGGCCCACCGCCUUCCCCUCUGCGGGGCCCUGGCCUCGGGCGGCCUCUCCUUCCACGCCACCUACGCCCUGCUGGGCCACUGCCUGGAGGAGAUGGCCGGCGACGCCCAGCGCCUCCUCACCAGGGCUUGGCAGGGGACGCAGGUGGGGCACCCACCCAUGUGACCCCCCCCCCCACAGCAGUGAGUGGCUCUUUCCUGGGGGACAUGCUCCGCGAUGCGGCUUGGCUGUUGUCUGUGGCUUGAGCACAGGCGUGGGCAAACUUUGGCUCUCCAGGCGCCUUGGAGUUUCCCAUAGUUGUGGGAGUGUAAUUUAUUAUUUUAUUUCAGACACUUCUGCCCUGCCCUUCUCACCCCGGGGGGG